AUGGAAAAUCUAAAACCCCAAAAUGUUCGAACGGAUAAGCCUCUCUUCCCACUGUGUUCCAUUUCAGUCUCCACAUAACCGCCAUACCUUCCCAAAAAGUGUUGAGAAGCAGAGAGCUCUCUCUCUCACUGACAAUGGCUGCUGCUCUACAGUUGUUGUGCUACGGCUCAACAAAAAUUGCAACUCCACCACCCACUACUUCUUCAUCUCCUUCUUCCACUCUCUUUCCUCCAUUUCUUACAACUUCUUCCUUCUCUUUCUCCAGACCCUCCCUUCUUCUACCGCUUCGUACAUCUCUCCCGGUUCUUCUUCCCCGCGUUUCUCGUUCAAUGGCCAAUGAAUUCAGCGACGAUGGAUGCCAAGAAGAAGAAGAAGAGGAUGAGGAAUUGGAAGAGGGAGAAGAUGUUGAUGUUUCUAAUGAUGAGAGUUACUCGAUGUUCGAUGUGGAUGCUCUGGAAGAAGAAGCUCAGGACGCUGUUCGAGAAUUCUCUUCCUCCUUGUCACACCAACUCAGACUCGAAGAUGAGAAAAUUAACCAAAAGGAAAUUGGUCGAAAGCAGAAGAGGCAGAAAAAUACAACUAAAAAUCAGGUCCCUGACUAUCUUCUUCCGAAAGUUGCCAUAGUUGGAAGGCCUAAUGUUGGAAAAUCAGCACUAUUUAAUCGUCUUGUGGGGGGAAACAAGGCAAUUGUUGUUGAUGAACCUGGGGUAACAAGGGAUCGCUUGUAUGGUAGAUCCUUUUGGGGCGACUAUGAAUUCAUGGUUGUAGACACUGGUGGAGUUCUUACACUUUCAAAAUCACAAGCUAAUGUUAUGGAAGAAUUGGCUAUUACAACAACCAUUGGUAUGGAUGGAAUUCCACUCGCCUCCAGGGAGGCAGCUAUUGCCAGGAUGCCCUCGAUGAUUGAAAGACAAGCUGCUGCUGCUAUAGAAGAAUCAUCUGUCAUUGUAUUGGUAGUUGAUGGCCAGGCAGGACUAACAGCAGCUGAUGAGGAGAUUGCAGACUGGCUACGUAAGAACUACUCCAACAAGUGUAUCGUCCUUGCAGUUAAUAAAUGUGAAUCUCCACGUAAAGGAAUACUACAAGCGACAGAAUUUUGGGCCUUAGGGUUUUCACCACUUCCUAUAUCUGCUUUAUCUGGGACUGGUACUGGAGAACUCCUUGAUCUUGUUUGUUCAGGACUGAAAAAGAUUGAGAGCCAUGAGAAUUUUGAUGAAGAAGAUUAUGUUCCUGCAAUAUCAAUUGUUGGGCGACCAAAUGUUGGUAAAAGUAGCAUUUUGAAUGCAUUGGUUGGAGAAGACAGGACAAUUGUUAGCCCGGUCAGUGGUACUACCCGUGAUGCUAUCGAUACUGACUUUACUGGACCAGAUGGCCAGAAGUUCCGGCUUAUUGAUACUGCUGGAAUUAGGAGAAGAGCAGCUGUUGCUUCUUCAGGUAGUAUGACAGAGGCUUUGUCAGUAAAUCGAGCAUUUCGUGCUAUACGUCGUUCUGAUGUUGUAGCUCUUGUUAUUGAGGCCAUGGCUUGUAUCACAGAACAGGAUUUCAAGAUUGCUGAAAGGAUAGAAAGAGAAGGGAAAGGUUGCCUGAUAGUUGUAAAUAAAUGGGAUACAAUACCAAACAAAAACCAGCAGACUGCAACAUACUACGAGCAAGAUGUUAGAGAGAAGCUUCGUAUACUUGAUUGGGCCCCUAUUGUAUAUUCAACUGCAAUAGCUGGUCAUAGCGUUGAGAAAAUAAUUGUUGCUGCUAGUGAGGUUGAAAAGGAGAGAUCAAGAAGGCUAGGUACGUCCAUAUUAAAUCAAGUGGUGCGAGAAGCAGUGGCUUUUAAAUCACCUCCAAGGACCCGUGGUGGAAAACGGGGCCGUGUUUAUUACUGCACUCAGGCUGCUAUAAGGCCACCUACAUUUGUGUUCUUUGUUAAUGAUGCAAAACUCUUUCCUGAGACUUAUCGGCGUUAUAUGGAGAAGCAACUGCGAAAAGAUGCAGGGUUUUCAGGUACUCCAAUCCGGCUUCUGUGGCGCAGCAGGAGAAAAAUGGAAAAAGAAGAAGGUAAAUCUGUACCAAGGACACAAGCAAAUCUCGUGCUACGUAGCAAGGAACUGGCAUCAAGUAAAUGAGAAUAUGAAAUAUACAAAACCUGUUCAUGAUAUGAAACCAACCUGGGUCUAAUUCCUUUCGUCAACUGAAGAGCGUUGUUUAAUGUUGGAUCAUCUUUCUUAAUACUGACUUUUUGUGUCCCUGAUGUAACAGUCUGAGCAUAUUUUUAUCAUAAUGCUAGGUGAUCAUCUUAUUGUUAAUACAAAUUUCCAGUUGUUACCAGCCUCAUCAUUUUCUUUUUCUUGGUAA